AUGCACAAACCGCCCCGUAGUGCUUCCUGCCAACGACUCUGCACAUCUCUCAAACACAUCCUCUUCUUCUGCACCUUCUACUCCCCUCUCAUCCUCUGGAUCUCGAGGACCUCCGCUCGAGAUCCAACAUCCUACUUCUUCAAUCCCACCUCCGCAUACACACCAUCCUACUCCCUCACCCGAAGCAAACAGGCAAACGCCUUGAUCAAAUCCGCAUGGCUUCACGAAAAGACAUCCUCCCGAACAAAAGGCGUUGCUCCUCAGACUUGCAUCGCCAUUCCCUCGCAAACCCACGAGAGAGCGAGAUCUUUGAAAACAACAAUUGGAUCUCUAUUGCAAGGCCUGAACAAGGAUGAGCGAGACGGACUAGAAUUAAAAGUCCUAAUCGCACAAUUAGAGCCCGAACUGCACCCUGCUGUGAGAGAACCCUGGUUGAAACAUACAGUCGACUCCAUCCUCUUUUACAACGAAACGCUUUCCGAAAAAGAACUGCUGAAAAUAGUGGAUUUGACGAAGAGUGCUGAAAUUCGCGGGGAAGAAGAAGGAGUGCAAGACGAGAAGCAAGUUUUAGAUUUCGCGGUGCUGUUGCGGGAAUGCCAUGAAAGCGGAGCGGAGUACAUUGCCAUAGUGGAAGACGAUGUAUUAGCCAUGGAUGGUUGGCUACAUCGUUCCCUCUCGGCAUUAGAGAGCGCAGAGGAGAAGGCCGCGUUGGAUGAUGAUCAAGACUUCCUCUCCCUCACCCUCUUCGACACCGAACUCUCCCUCCUCUCUAACCCCACCUCCACAACCCACCAAGCAUUCUCCUCCCUCUUCCUAGUAACCUUCCUAGCAACUACCCUCUACACCCUCCAAAAGCUCUCCCCAAAAAGUAGAAUCGGUCGAAACAUCACCCUCCUCUCCGGAAUCUGGCUCUGUUGUAUCGUAACCCCGUUCUUGAUAACUCUAUACUUGGCAGCGGGACAAACAACAACCCACCCAUUGCAUCCAGGCCUCAUGCAACCACCCAAUAUGCGGUUUCCCGAGGGAAGAACAACGGUGUAUCCACGCCAUCAAGCAGGAAAUCUCCUCCAAUACUUCUCCGAGGGCAAGAGGAUUGGAUCAGUGCGACAACUGGUAGGCGAGUAUGCAGAGGAGAAUGGAUUGGUGCAGUGGAGUAUUGUGCCGAGUGUGUUGCAGCAUCUUGGGAGAGAAGGUCCUCCUGAGACGAAAGAGUGGGAAAGGAAAGCGGAAAUGGGGUGGAAUAUCGGGUUCGAGGAGUACAGUGUGGAGAAGUUGAGAGAGGAGCACGAGAUGAUGGCGGGGAAAGAUGACAAGGGUAGAAGGAGAGGAUAA